AUGGUCCUCAAUGGCCGCUGGUCUGGCCGCGGCCAGCCGGUGCAGGAGCUUCCAGCUAAGGGCCUCUCCUCCCGUCGCCCCCUCGUCUGCUCAGCUGCAGACUCCAUCAGCACCCUGGGCCUGAUCCUGGGCGUGGGGCUGUCCCUGCUGCUCGUGUCCAUCUUGGGCUACAGCCUGGCCAAGUGGUACCAGCGCGGGUACUGCUGGGAAGGGCCCAGCUUUGUCUUCAACUUAUACCAGAUCCGAAACCUGAAGGAACUGGACUCGGGGCCCCCCUUCACCAUCAGCGGCCACAUCGGCAACCCUGACGGCAGCUACAUGAGGUUCUCCGACCGGCUCGUCUGAGCCCAGGGGGUUCGGCAGGGACUCUUCACCUUCAUCCCUGGUCCACUCCGAGGUGUUCCGAAAAACGACACAUUGGAUCUUUCCUGCCCGUGUGCUGCUUGCCCAGUCUUUGCUCACCAUUGGCUACGGCAUCUUGACCGAGCACCCAGCCACUCUUUCUGCUUUCGAUGUAACUUCGGGGAGCUGGAGGCCACCCAGAGGCUGAGCAGGGGGAGCCGUGGGGACGGCUGCAGUGGCUUUGACCGUGCCCA